CUUGUCCAGGUCCCUCUGGAUGGCAUGCUGUUCAUCAGGCAUGUCAACCACACCACUCAGCUUGGUGUCAUCUUCAAACUUGCCGAGCAUUCACUCAAACCCACUGUGUCAUUGGUGAAGAUAUUAAACAGUACUGGUCCCAGUAUGGACCCCUGAGGGACACUGCUUGUCACUGAUCUCCAUCAGGAUGAUUCAUCAAGGAGAGCUUUUGGAUCAACCAGGAAACCAAAGACUUAAGCCCAGGUUGUCACUUUUUCCUGGGUGGUUCUUCAUUUAGAGGGUGAUUCAUUGGUCAGAGCAAACUGUUCCAGACCUGUUUCUUGUCUGCACGUGCUGCCCAGGAGUGGAGUGAAAUCGCCCUGUAGCCCCACAGGAGAGAUGGUUGAAGUAUCCACCCUUCUCCAUGCUCAGCUCCUAAGAUGACUUCUGCCACAGACAUGAUGGACAGGCUGAAAACUGCUCUUCAUGGCUUAAAUGGACAUCAAAGCACGUCUCUCUGCUGGAAUGUACGUCCCCGGAUGAUUUGAUCCUUCAUGAACUAACUUCCAAGAAAAAAGAAAUAAACACCCUCUUCUUUCUACAAUUUGCUUGCUUUAAUUUAUGGCUUGCUCCCACACAGAAUACCUAAGUUUUAAUGCUGAUAUUGCUCCCCUCCAAGUCUUCUGGUAAGCGAAAUGGCAAUGGCCCGUCUUCCUUAAACUCGGUGAGAGAGGUUAGCAUCAGGUUACGGAGAGGUGGAAGACUUGGAAGCACUGUGAGAAGGCUAAGGGAAAUACCUGGCUUUGCCUUUUUUAAGCUCAUUUGGGGGAAACAAAGCUUCUUUCCUUAUGGAUGGAGGUAGUGGAGUCGGUAUGUUCAGCCUAAGCCCAAGGUAGCAGCUGGCGGGCACCUGCAGCACCCUUUCCUUUUUGCCUUACAUUGGACCCUACGUCAUCCUUGGUCAGUGGCGACGGCAGAACCUGGGCAGGAAAGAUGGUCGUCGUACGGAGGAGGAAUGUGAAAGUCUUUACCUUUGCCUUUUUGCUCAUCACGGUGACGUCAUUUCUACUGAACUACACGCACCAGGUGACCACGACCACCUGGGAUCCGAGACAUCUCGUCAUGCAGUUUUCUGAGCAAGUCCAAAAACUUUUCAAGUACCCCAGGAGACCCUGCAGCUGUCGCUCGUGCAUUUCUGAGCUGGGACAUUCCCUCUGGUUCGAUCAGAGAUUUAAUUCAACUAUGCAACCUUUCUUGACCUCACAAAAUGCCUUGAUCCCAGAAGACAGCUACAGGUGGUGGCUGAAAUUGCAAGGGGAGAAAACUCCGAAGAACAUUAAUGCUACUCUGAAGGAAUUGUUUGAGUUCAUUCCCGGGGAUGGGGAUCCACUGCAGGAGCGAGGCACUUCCACGUGCAGACGGUGUGCCGUAGUGGGUAACUCUGGAAACCUUCUGCAGUCUCAGUAUGGUCAAGAUAUUGACUCCCAUGACUUUGUGCUCAGAAUGAACCGUGCCCCCACCACUGGCUACGAAUCAGAUGUUGGAAGCAAGACCACUCACCACUUCGUUUACCCUGAGAGCUACAAAGAGCUGGCAGAAAAUGUGAGCAUGAUCCUGAUCCCCUUCAAAACCCUGGACCUGCGCUGGAUUGUCACCGCUCUCACCACAGGCACCAUCAACUUCACAUAUGUUCCAGUUCCACGGAAAAUCAAAGUCAAAAAAGAAAAGAUCCUCAUUUACAAUCCAACUUUUAUGAAAUACGUCUAUGAAAAUUGGCUCCAGCAUCAUGGGAGAUACCCCUCCACGGGCCUUCUGUCUUUGAUAUUUGCACUCCACGUAUGCGAUGAGGUGAAUGUGUAUGGUUUUGGAGCAGACAGCAGAGGGCAUUGGCAUCAUUACUGGGAAAACAAUGGUUCAGCUGGGGCUUUCCGGAAGACAGGUGUCCAUGAUGGGGAUUUUGAGUUCAACGUAACUUUGACUCUUGCCUCCAUUGAAAAAAUCAAUUUUUUCAAGGGCAGAUGACCCUGACCACAGAGAGAAGUGGGGGCUGCAGUUUCCAACAUGCGGCAGAACGAAGCCCAAUGAAGAUGAUCUGGGCACCAGCCAGGUUUGAACGUGUGAAUCUGCGAUGAAUUCGGAGCAUCUCGCUGCUGCAAUGGCCACCGCAGGGAGCUCAGCCAAGGACCGGCUUCCACACUGCACGUGAUUUCCAAUCUCCAGAUACCUGGGAUCUACCAGUCAGUUGUGGGAAUAAAUGAAUCUCUGCUUUGGCUCUAUGGCUUGAUUUCUGAAUUACUGAUGAAAGAUCUGCCUGUUGCUAUUAGGGGAAAGCUGGGCACAGGAACUGCUGUUUGUGUGUCUGUUCUUUCCUCAAAUAGGCAGGAGAUCCUUGAAGAGGAGUCAAAACAACUUCUGGGACUUAAGACCAGCUAGGGCAGCUCUGAACACCAUAGUAAGGAUUACCUCAAAGAAAUGAAUUCACUUCUGCUGUUGAUCUUUUUGAACUGUCUCUUCUAUUUCGUUUAUUAUUUCUGGUUUCAUGCUGUAUUAAGCAAAAACGUGAUGAAGUUGCCUGGAGUAGUACAUUUUUCAGCCAUUGCUUCAUUCCGCAUUGAUAGUGUCUAGAAAAUAUGUAUCAAAUCGUCUCUGAUCAUAUAUUAUUUAAUAUUGCUUCCUAUACAGCCAUAAUGAGAGAGAAAACAAUACUGAAAACUCCGGCAAAAAAAUGGCCUUUUUAGCCACUUGUUUGUUUGUCUUGUUUGGUUAUAUAUGAUUUUUUUCUUUUUGGUGGAAAAUACUCUGGAAUGUUUAUUUUCAUUUAAUCAGUUUAAGGUUGCAAAGUGGACUUUUUUCUUUCAGUCAUUUAUAUGUGCCUUUAUAUUUGUGCAACAGACGUGAUUUUUUUUUAAAGAUGACAAACCCUAAAUUAAACUUUUUUAUAAAAGGGGGAAAAAUUAACCAAAGUGUAGCCUCCAUGUGGUAUACUUUUGUAGUCAAAACCAAUAAUAACAGCUCCUAUAUUGUAUUUGAGCAAACACAAACAAUACUAAUUUUUAAAGGUAACUUUUACCUUUUUUUAUGGGAAAAUAUCCAAAAGUUCCAGGGAAACAUUUCCUCUUAUUUUUUUACAAAUUUAGAAAGUGGUAACUCUUUGCAAAGUCUUUAUUUGAAAUUGAAGAACUAUUAUGGGUUGGAUAUUAGUUAAUCAUACAAAAUGAAUCUUUUGCCCUGUAGCAGCAUCUACAAGGACACAAUCUACGCAAGCUAAUCCUACAGUGUAAGCCAGACUUCAAAAUUAUGUGCAUCUCUGGAGGAUGAGAGUAUUAUGUGAGUACCUCUAGGCAGUGAGAGGAGGGAAGUGACAGUGAAGAUUUUAUAUCCACAGAUUUUUGCUGGAAUUAGCACAUUUAAUAUCCAAGGACAGAUAAAGUAUGAAUCCAAGAACAAUGUUCAGGUGCUGAAGAAUGGAGAACAGUUUUAUUUUCCUUCCUGAUAUCAUGAAAAUAAGUUUAAUGGAUUAUUGUCCCAUUUUGAGCUCUGGUGAAACCAAUGGAGUUCUUGCCACAGACUUCAAGGGACUUCAGAUCAGGCUUUGAAAAAAUGUCCUAUUUCAUUUUUAAUAGAUCAUGAUGAUUGAGGUUUGUGGCAAUUUUGAAAUCAUCACCUAAAUGAUUAGUCUUUCUUACACCAGUUGUGGCAGCAAAUCCAAGCUGAUGAGUAUUUGAGCUGAGCAAAAGCUUCACCCUUUGCUCAGUGGUGUGCUUCAGUCCAAAAUUUAUCUCCUUGUCUUUCCGUGCCAGUUAUUAACUGUGAACUCCCCUCUAAGGCAGCAAUUCAUGGCAAAAGAGGCAUGGUCAGGUGAUAUUUUGGGCCACAGUACUAUUCACCAACAUGAACUGCUUUACCUGCAUGAGUGUUACUGGACUCACAGUGUAUAAAGAGAGGAGGAUGCCAAACAUUGUGUGGGGAACUGAGCUCCCUUUGCAGUACACAUGUGACCCUUCAGCUUAGCAAUAUGGAAAGGGCGGGGCUUUAAAAUCAUCAUACUUAGACCUGUUCAUGAUCCUGUCUCAUGUCAAGAAGCUCUUUCUGAGCAAGGUGGCCAUCAGAACUCACCUGGAUAUCACAAGCACAGCAAAUUCAAAGGCCUUACUGUCCUCUACGUGUCCUUUGUAAAAGAAUGAAACAUUUCUACCUGAACCAUGCUCAUUUGUUUGUUUGAAGCAUUCUUACUGUUUCAACUUUUGUUAAUCAAUAAGUUUCUGGUGAGAUAUCACAGUAAUACAAGCAAAGCAACUGUAAGAGGGAAAAAAGACUCUAUGGAAGAUCCCAAUGCUUUCUUCACCCUAUGGCUGGAUUUUGGAGAUACUUUUUUGAUCAUCAGCUUCAAAUAUUUUUUUUCUUUUUUUUUUUCUCGUUAAUUUAGAAACACUUAGUUGCUGUUUCAGUCAUUCUUCUGUCAUCACUUGGAAGAAAAUUCACGGUGGUUUGGUACCCAAAUCCCCUUGAAUUUCUUUUUAUCACGUGUCAGUUUGGGCUCAAAGAAAGUGGCAAAAAAUAUCAGCUAUCUUCUAGCCCAUGUUGUUCUGCAAGCUUCCUUUUGUUGUCCAAAUUAAAUUUCCCAUUUUCCCCUGAAUAUUCUGCUUCUGACAGCAGAUAUGAAACAUUGUGGUUUAUACUGUCGUGGAUAGAUUUAGUGUCUUCGUCAUGGAACAAGCUGCAAAUCCCAUCUAAUUUUCUUGCUGAUAGCAAGCAGUAAUGGUGUACCACUGGUGUCUAUUUUUCAGAGCAUGAGAAGAUCAAAGUGGUCCUCUUCAGCUGUAGGAUGAGUGAUAGUCUGUGCUGUCACAUUUCUAUUCCAGAGGAACAUUUUCUAGAGUCCUUUAGGCAAAUGACUGUUGUAUUAGAUCUUUCUCUCAGUUUCUCCACAAUUUUGCUGCUCGCUCAAAUGCCUUCAGGAUAAGGAGAUACCAACACAUGAUGAUGAGGGAAGAAUUAAUUCCUACUGUCAAUGUUGAAGACUGUGUUCCUGCUAGAAACUUUAUGGGUUUGCUUUGUUCAAAGGAACAACAAAGGAAAACAUACAGCAACAUGUCAAGGCUUUGAACUCUUGAACUGUAUUUGCCACCACUUCAAAGUCUCUGAAGCACUCCUUGAGUGUGUGUUAUGUUUUUUACCAAAGCCAAAUCUCUUGAGCACUUUUUUCUCUCCCAUGACCAGAUUUUGUUCCUAUUUUUCUUUGACUACAUGAUUGGCUAUGAUAAUAUUUCUUUUCUCUGAUGGUGGGGAGUCUCAAUCAUUCUUUGACCUUUUAUUUAUUUAAUUUUUCAGUAUGAUAUGAAUCAAAAUAAAUUUUUUAUUGUAAUCAAA